AUGGGGGGUGGGGGAAAGAACGGCGAGCUCCUUCACGCGCGCGCCGCCCUCGAGAGUUGGCGGCGAUGCCUCCGUGAGGGGCGACGGAUCGCCCGCGCGUACCACGCCCGCCACGUUGGCGGGUGGGGGGGAAUCCUUGCCGUGAACCUCAACCGCCGUCGGCUCCCGUUGCUUUGGAUCCUGAGGCUCACGGACGAGCUGGAGGACGGGCCGAGGAAGGGGAUUUCCAAAGACGAGGCGCCUUUCCUUGGUGCGAUUCCACCCAAGCAGGAGGCGCUCUUCGCGCGGUGGCUGCUGCGGCUUUUCCACGAGCAGGAGCUCUCCCGCCGUCGACCGUGA